ACAUGAGCGGGAGGGAACGCGCGCGCGGCUUUCCGGUCAUAUGUCGCAUUUGUACCUCCUUACCCGGCUCAGGAACGGACAGCCUUGUACCUAGAAGCACCGCAUUGGCUUGUUGCUGGGCUGGGCAUCCCAGCGUGCCGUGCCCGGCCUAAUGCUGCUUCGAGCCUAAGCAUGCUGAGCCAGGAAGGCUAUGCAAACAUACAACCUAGGACAUUGUCUCACAGCCAGGCAUCCUGACGUUUGCAUUGGGCAUUUUUAUUUAAAAAAAAAACAUCAGACGGAGUAGUAUGCUCCUCAGGAGUUGACUGAGUAGGUGCUAGGUUGGUCUUGGGUGUAGCACCUUCAGUUCCUCUAUAUGGGGUACCAUGCAAAGCACCUCUGCCUAAUAUAUGUAUUUGUAUUGGCUAAAGUUGUAAGCUGUUUUGGGAACCAGUCCUGGCUGAAAAGCAAGCCCAGCAGAACUGCUGGCAGCUCGCACACGUGAUCACAAGAUCCCUCAACGCUCCCAUGGUCAGAAGGAUUUUAUUCCUGAUGGAUCAGAAGAACAAGAGGAGAGGCUGAUCCAGUGCAGGGAAGAGCACUGGCAGCUUUUAGAGGAGGAACGUGUGGAGCGAUUAUUUUAUAUUCUUUUGCAGGGGUAGUCUGGUGAAAGCAGAAUGGAAACCUCAGGAGGAUAUUGUGGAGUUGAAGUCCCCUGCUGGGAAAUUCUGGCAUACCAUGGGGUUUGCAGAACAUGGAAAGCAAUUCCUGCUGCCAGAGGAAGCCCUGUAUCUCCUGGAAUGUUCCUCCUAUUUCUAAAGAAGCCUGAAAGUAUGAAGGGAUCUAUUCAGCUGUUUUACAAAGACCUGCCCUUGUCAGUCCAGGAAGCUUAUGAAAAUCUGUUGUCCCAGAAGUCUCUGAGCCUACUAAAAUACCAGGUAUUCAGCCACUUAAAGAGAUUGGGCUACAUUGUUAUGAGAUUCCAUCCCAGCACUCUCCCAACACCUUAUGAGAGGCAGCUGAAUCUGAGUAUCCACCACCAAAGUACAGAGAAGGGUCGUCAUAAGAGGAAAAGGAGUUCGAGCCCUUGGUUGCAAGAUGAGAAAGUCAAAACAUCUAAGAAAUCUCCAGAAUGCAAAGAGUCACCAAAAAAGGCCAGGAGGCACAAUGAGAGAUCCAGCCACCCAGCAUCCAGGGAGAGGAUAAAAGAAUUGGAUCCUGGAAUGGUAGUUGUGGAGCCAACCCCGUCUUCCAGUGCCACAGCAGAAUUGUCUUCAGCUUGUAGUCAAGACCACGAUGAGAGAGCUACGAUAAGCUCUCGGGAGAGCCACAAUACCUGCCCAUCUCUCUGGGAUUUCUCCACCAUUGCUUUCCCUGACAUGGGUGCUGAUUGCUCACAGAUGCUCCUGCCAGAGCCUGAUAAGAGACUCCUCCCAGAAAACAUUCCAUCCCGGGAGGUUGAUGCAAGCACUUGGCGCAGGCGGCUCAACCAGAAGCGUGAAAAGUUGUCUCGCAAGGAGCGGGAGCAGCUUGAGUGGGAGAACAGGUACAAAAGCAGUAUCAAUGAGGAUAAGGAGGUCCGCCGUUGUUCAACUUGGGGAGAGUACAAGGCACUCCUGCAAGAGAGGAGACGGAGGAGCCGCCCAGCACAUCUCUGGGAACAGGCAGUCACCCCACUUGUGACGCUCGACCAAGGUCUUUCUACAGCUGAUAUCCUUCAGCAGAUCAGUGUGUUCCAGCCUUCCUACAUCCUGGAUGGGGUAUCCCAACUGCAGGACAGUUCCAAAGACAUGAAGAUAGAUUUUGAUGUGUACCAAGCUGAUGCAGCUUCUAGCUUUAAGAAGAAUGACCCCGGGAAGCCUUGUGUCCGGAUGUGUGUUCGGAGGUUUGAUGAACAGAUCCCAUCCCUGAAGGCUGUAAAGCAGCUUGCCUUUCAAAGUGGAGAUGUCCCAGUGGUCUUUGCACUAGUAGACAAUGGAGACAUCACUUUCUACUCUUUUAAGGAGUUCAAGCUACCUAUUGACAUUUAUCCUUGAUAGCUGGCUGCUGUUGCUUGAAGAAGCACCUUUGGACUUGUGUAUGUUUGUACAAAAUGUUACUCAGGGCUUGAUUCUUGAUUGUUCAUUUGGAUACUUCUAUAGACUCUCUAGUUACCAACACUGCAUCUCCACUGAAUGCAAAUUCCAUGUAGCAAGAAACCAUUAAAGUCUUCCUUUUUAUUGCAUCGCCAGGGUACUUCCUGGACAAAAACCACAGAACCUCUUUAUUCUGUUAAUCCACAAGUUCCUGAAUGUUAGUCUGUUCAGUCUGAGAUUGUUCUUGUGAACUUAUAGAAUGAGUACUAUUUGGCUGAGAACCUCUGUGCUAAGUCAGUUUUGAAUGGUUUCCAAAACUUUUGCUAUAGAUUCAGUAAGCCAUAGGGACUUUUAGUGGUUCAACUGCUGAACGAACACCUGUCAAAUUAAAUCCUUCAGAUAUGUGGCUGUUGAAGGGGCAGGGGGAGUUUGUCCAUAACAAAUCCUAAUAUUUAAUGGCUGCCUUGGCACUGAUAAACACUAGAAGCUGACAUGUUGGCUUAAUAUCCAGUACUAGUGAUCUAUCAAAUGGCAGAGAUGGAGACAAAGGGCUAUUAUUGCAUGAUGCUCUUUUUCUAGUCGCAGAAUCAAGCACAACCAGUAAACCGAGGAGGAUAAUCUCUUGUAGCUGAGCAGGUAGGUCAUUCUUUAGGUACUUUUCCCUCCAUCAGGCUGCUGAAGAAAGUGGAAAGGAAACUGCAGAAUUUUGAGACCUUUCUGAAUCUCUGGAAACUCAUUGUGGGUUUAUUGUUUUUGCAGUUCCAUAAAGUUAAUGACUCAGGGUCCAAAUCACAAUUUCUGGCUGCCACAAUCUGUUUCUGCUUUCCAGCUUCUUUUCUUGGAUUUUUUUUUCCUCCUGAGAAAGAACAAACUUGUACAUUUACUGUGAAGUUUCCUGUUGAGAGGCACUAUCUCUGUCAUCUAGUUUAUAUAUAACCCAUGCUGCUGUGGAGGAUUUUCCCCUUCAGAUACCAAUUUCCCUAUCCAUUGUAAGUGGAACCAGCAAGCAGUUUUAUCUGAAUAAAAGGGGCUGGAUAUUUUUGUUUUCAUGGAACAGCUUUCAAGAGAAAUUUUAUGAGACAUUUUACAGAGUUUAUGCUUUAUAGUUUUGGGUGAUUUUUUAGUUCGGAGGCUAAAGCAAUAAAAUUGCUUUUUAUCUUGCA